GGGAUUGAACCGAACACAGGAGCCGCACAUACACAGAGGUGUUGAUGUGUGCUGGACGCUGUCCACUGGAACAAGUCCAUGCUGACGCUUGGCUGCCACUUUCGUCUGACAUCCGUCCAUCUCCACUGGCCUGGCUCAGGCUGAAAGGCGCUGUGUGAAUGGAGGUGACUCCCAGUUUGUGGUUGUCAUGGUAACCAUGUCUGCGACGUCCAUUUAUUCUCCUGGACCCAUUAUCAUCCUUCUCUCCCUCUCCUUAUAUCCACUCCUUACAUCCCAGCAUUCUCUGACCUCUGACCCCGACCUCAUCACUUCUCAUGCUCAAAAGUGCAGCAUGAAACUGCAUCCUGUUACAGCCUAUGAAGCUCUCAGUGUGUGGCUCUCGUCCUUCUCUAUGCCUGGAGUGAGUGAUUACUCCCAGCUUGUUUUAGAUCUCAGCAGGAACCAGCUGAUCAUUGGAGCGAGGAACUACCUGUUCAGACUGAGUCUGGCGAAUGUUUCUCUACUUCAGGGAAUGGAGUGUGGAGUGGACGAAGACACACGCAGAUCUUGUCGGAGCAAAGGGAAGACAGAGGACGAGUGUCAGAACUACAUGCGUGUCCUCCUCCUGACCGGUUCUCGUCUCUUCUCCUGUGGCACUAAUGCAUUCUCGCCCAUCUGUACUACCCGCUUUGCCUCUGAUCUCGCCCAUGUGAUUGAGACAGUGAACGGGGUCGCCCGCUGUCCUUAUGACCCCAAACACAAUUCCACUGCCAUGGUAACAGAAAGUGGUGACCUCUAUGCUGCCACAGUCAUUGAUUUUUCUGGUCGUGACCCCGUGAUCUACCGCAGCCUGGGGAACAUGCCUCCACUCCGCACAGCUCAGUACAACUCCAAAUGGCUCAAUGAGCCUCAGUUCGUCUCUGCAUAUGAGGUAGGCCGCUUCACGUACUUCUUCCUGCGGGAAGUGGCAGUGGAGGAGGAUUGUGGAAAGGCGAUAUUCUCUCGGGUGGCGCGGGUGUGUCAGAACGAUGUAGGUGGUCGAUUUCUGCUUGAAGACACAUGGACGACGUUCAUGAAGGCCAGGUUGAAUUGCUCGCGCUCAGGAGAUGUGCCUUUCUACUACCACGAGCUCCACAGCACCUUUUACCUGCCUGAGCAAGACCUCAUCUAUGGCAUCUUCACUACCAACGUUAACAGCAUUGCUGCCUCUGCAGUGUGUGCCUUCAACCUCAGUGCCAUCACUCAGGCCUUCAAUGGUCCAUUCCGCUACCAGGAGAACCCUCGAACGAGCUGGCUCUCCACUCCAAACCCCAUCCCCAACUUUCAGUGUGGGACAGUAGGCGAUAACGGGCCCGGUGGGAAUCUAACAGAACGAAGUCUGCAGGAUGCUCAGAGGCUCUUUUUGAUGAAUGAAGUUGUGCAGCCUGUAUCUGUUGACCCCUUGAUCAGCCAGGACAAUAUACGCUUUUCCAAACUGGUUGUGGACAUUGUGCAGGGUCGUGAUACGCUAUACCAUGUCAUCUACAUCGGAACAGAACAUGGCACGAUUAUCAAAGCACUCUCCACAUCCAGUCAAAAUCUACGUGGGUGUUACCUUGAGGAGAUGAAGCUUCUUCCAUCAAAUCAGCAGGAACCAAUCCUUAACCUGCAGAUCCUGCAGAGCGACAGGUCCCUAUUUGUGGGUUUGAGCAGCAGAGUUCUGAAGAUCCCACUGGAGAGAUGCUCCAGCUAUGAAACCCAACAGGAAUGCUUGUAUGCGAGGGAUCCAUAUUGUGGUUGGGACAGGAAAAAGAGACGCUGCACUACGAUUGAAUCCAGCUCCAACAUGAGCCAGUGGAGCCAGAACAUUACACAGUGUCCUGAGCAAAAUCUUACCCGAGAUGGCGGUUUCAGCCCGUGGUCCUCAUGGCAGGCAUGUACCCAUGAUGAUGGAGGUGAAAGUUCAAGCACCUGUCUGUGUCGAUUUCGUGUGUGUGAUGACCCGGUCCCUCAGUGUGGGGGGGCUGAGUGUGUGGGACCCACGAUGGAGGUCACCAACUGUUCCAGAAGUGGAAGUUGGACUCCCUGGUCCUCUUGGGCUCAGUGCAGCACCACCUGUGGCGUUGGGUUUGAGGUUCGUCAACGUUCAUGCAGUAACCCCACUCCCCGACACGGAGGGAAAGUGUGUGUAGGCCAGACACGAGAGGAGCGGUUGUGUAAUGAGGACUCUGUAUGUCCUCUACCUGUUUCCUGGGCUCAGUGGACCUCCUGGUCUACAUGCACAGUAGUGUGUGGUGGUGGUUUCCAGUCCCGUGUCCGAACCUGUGAGAAUGGAAUCUCCUGCCCUGGAUGUCCUCAGGAGUACAGAACGUGCAAUUUGGAGGCAUGUCCUGAAGUACGUCGAUACACACCCUGGUCUCCAUGGUACCCAGUGAACGUGACGGUAGGCGGAGUCAGACAGGAGCAGCGUGUGAGACACACCUGUCGAGCGCCGCUGGCUGACACACACCUCCUCCAGCUGGGCAAACGCAAAGCAGAGAUGCGUCACUGCCCACCUGCUGGUGGAGCAUCGGGGUGUGAGACUGACGGUCUGGUACAAGACUUAAUGAGCGUGGCACAGCCAUUGACCCCAGUGCAAGGGGUCACCUGGUUACCAUGGGAGACAUGGUCUUCAUGUUCCAAAGAGUGCUCUAGAGGGUUUCGAACACGUAAGCGCUUGUGUGUCACGUCUGAUGGCAAAAGUUCGGUGUUCCUGUGCAGUGGAAUGCCAGUGGAGUACCAGGACUGUAACACACAGCCGUGCCCAGUGAAGGGGGCAUGGACAUGCUGGUCUUCCUGGUCAGAAUGUUCUACUUCCUGUGGAGGCGGGCAUUACCAACGCACUCGCACCUGCUCAAACCCUGCCCCGUCCCACUCAGGGGACAUUUGCAUCGGCCUGCACACUGAGGAGGCUCUGUGCAACAUGCACGAGUGUGAUGGUGGAUGGGGGGUAUGGUCAGAAUGGACCAAGUGUGAGGAUGUGUUUCAGUACCGCACACGAGUGUGUGAGAUAAGCCCCGCCCCCUGUAAAGGUAACCACACGGAUCAGAGACUGUGUCCUCCAAAAGAGAUUGCAAUUGGCUCAUCAGGAGGGAAGAAAGGGUUAAACUGUGGAGCUUUCUCCCUGUUCCACCUAAUCCUGACUGGUGCUGUCUCCUUCCUGGUAGCAUUGCUGGGAUCCAUUCUUGUUUACGUGUUCUUUCAGAAGGUCUAUAAACCCAUCCAGGAACCUGCAGUCAUCCAUCCCAACACCCCCAACCACCUUCACCACAAACACAACACCAGCACACCAAAGAACGAGAAAUAUACUCCCAUGGAGUUUAAGACGCUGAACAAGAACAGCUUGCUGCCAGACGAGAGCUGUAACUUCUAUCCUCCUCCUCCACCACAGACGAAUGUCUACACCACCACAUACUACGCUCCUCCCCUGGGCAAAUAUGACUUCCCAUCUUUAGACUCACCCUGCAGGAACUACAUGCACAGCUGAACCCAGAUUUACACCUUCUGAGCCAUGUGUUAUUGCAGGUGCAGUAAUGCAGCAUUGGUCGUGAGUUGAUGGAGUGUAUGACUGUUCAAAAGAGCUUGGCACAUUCUUGGUCUUAAAACUGGAAGGAAAAGAUAACAAGGACAAAAAUAAUGAGGAUGUGUACUGGGUGCUUUAUCUUUUUUUGGACAUUUUGGGCUCAAGUUGAGGGAUGGAUGGUGGUCCAAAAGCACGAACGCAGUACUAUGUGACCAAAAUAUGGAAACUUGUCCAAAUGCAACUGAACCAAUACACUCUUGGAUAGGAUACACGGAUAUUUGAGUCUUCCACAAAGACAAUGAUCUUAGGAUGGACGGAAGGUUCUGGAAGGUUUGCUCUCCGCCUGAUUAUAUGACUUGGGAUCUGCCGUGGUGUUCACAAUAGUACUGAGCUUGAACACCAAUGAUUGAUCCAUUUAUGCUUUGACUGUGCAAUUGCAUCACAUUUAAUACACAAAUUUAUGAAGAUGCCAUGAUGAAGUAAGCAGCUGUACACUUUUGAAGAAGCUCACAACUACUUCAUCCACUGCCUACAUAUAAACAUGAACAUCACUGGGGUCUAAUGUAGCAUUUAGCACUCAAGGGUACCUAAGAGUGGAUGUAAGAUUCACACUUUCUACA